CCGAUUCUGUCCUCUUCAGCUUUGCCGUCCUUGACCUGAGGGUCGAUGAUUUGAUUGUAAUUAAUCAAAUCAUUGAUGUGAAUUACAGCAAUCAAAUCAUCGAACCCCAAGUCAAGGACGGAAAACAUGAAGAGGACAGAAUCGGAAAAUCGCUAGUUGCUUAACAUCCACGCAGAGUCUCUGCGUCAGGGUCUGAGGGAAGCAGAGGAGAGGACACUAAAUAGAGGUGGGAGAGAAUAGAGAGCACGAUUCAGAACGGUAUUGAGCCCACAGUAAGCGGAGGCGAAGGAAAGUGAUAAAGCGACCUUCAGAGAUUGCGAAAAGGCUGAGAGAUUGAGGGCGAGAUAGAGAGAGCAGCAGAGAAGAGACAAAAACAAGGAAGAAGGCCGAAGCUGCAUCCGAGGUUUAAGCAAAAUCAGUGUCUAUGAACCCAGAAAGUGGAAGUCAAUUGGUAAUGAGCGAUGAGAUCAGCAAGCUACCAGACUCGUUGCUUCAACAUAUUCUGUCUUUUCUUCCAACCAAAGAAGCCAUCGCCACAAGCCUUGUGUCUAAGAUGUGGAAGCCACUUUGGCGCUCACUAUCAACUCUUGACCUUGAUGAUUCCAUCUUUGGUAGUUCUCAACAUUUUGUUCAGUUUGUAGACGCUGUCCUCAUGUUUGGAGAUUUUAGAACCAUCAAAAAGUUCCAUCUCCUCUGUCGAUCUUAUUCCAUUCCCCCUAAACAGAUUAAAAUCUGGGCUUAUGCAGCGCUAAAGCUCAAAGUUGAGCAGCUGGAGCUAAUUUUUCCAUUCUGUUGCUAUAGUUUGCCGUCUAGCGUUUUCGUCUGUAGUACUAUCAAAGAAUUAAAGUUAGAGGGGUUGAUGGUAGACCCUCUUUCUCGUGUAAAUUUGCCUUCAUUGAAAAUCAUGCACUUGCAAGGAGUUCAAUUUCAUGGUUUCAAAUGUGUGGCAAUGCUUCUUUCUGGAUGUCCUCUUCUUGAAAGCUUGUCACUGUCAUUGGUGGGUAUGGACAUGCAUGCUAGCGUUUUAGCAGCAGUCGGCAUUGCAAGUCUUAAGCAUUUGUCCUCAGCAGCUUUCCCACCCUUCAUGAUGACUUUAAAAGCUUUCUCGAAUGUUAAAUUUCUUAGUUUGUGUCAGGAUGUAUGGUCACCUAGCCAGGAUAUACCAAUGUAUUUCAAUUUAACUCGCUUGGAAUUCGGAUGUUUUGCCGAAGACUAGGGCUACAAUGGCUCGGAAUAUCACUUUCGAAUUGUAAGAUAUAUUAUGGAGAAAGCAAAAGUUCUUAGGAUCAUCUCCAUCAGUAUUACUGGUAACUUAAGUCGUCAAAAGAAGCAACAAAUACGCAAAAGGUUAUUCAAAUGCCCCACAAACUCUGUGAAUUGCAGGCUUUUGUUUAACUAGAUUUCUGAAAUGUGGUGCAUUUUUGUUCUUUUGUAUCUAAAAAGCAGGUUGUUGAUAAAACACUUUGAUAUAGUGUGAUCCAUGUAUACUUAGUAAAAUAGGGUUUGUUAUUGUACUAUUGUUCGGCCUUAUCAUGCUUGUCCCAGGUGAUUCUAUAUGGAAUGGCCUUAUUUAAAUUAUGCUUCUGCUAGGUUGUAAAAA